AUGAAGACAAGGCUUACUAGGUGGAAAGGGAAAUUUGUUAAUCAAGUGGGUAGAUCUGUCCUUAUAUCCUCGGUGUUAAACACCAUGCCGUCAAACCAUAUGGGGAUCUUCAAGAUACCAGAUGCUACAAUUAAAGAAGUGAACAACGUGCAACUGCAGUUCUGGUGGAAUAAAUAUGAUGGUAAGGGUUUAGAACUAAUUGGAUGGCCUAAUGUCUGCAAACAUAAACAUGAAGGUGGUAUGGGAUUUAAAGAUUUAAAGUGUUUAGCAUUAUUGGUAAAGGCGGCCUGGAGAUUAAUCCAACAUGAGAAGCAGCUAUGGGCAAAAUCUAUGAAGGAGAAAUACUUUCCUAAUACAUCAGCUUUACAUGCUAAGAAAAAGAAAAACAGUACGUGGGCUUGGCAGAGUAUUCACAGCAGCAUGGAUUUUUUGAGACAAUUCAGUUUCCGGGUUGUUGGAGAUGGCAGUAGAGUAUGCACUUGGUUGGAUAACUGGAUACCAGGAAGACAAUCACCACCAAUACCAGCAGCAGAUAUUCAAAUUGUGGAGCAGUACAACCAUGUUAGCGAACUGAUUGAUCAGAAAACUAAAACUUGA